CCCCUCUUUAAGUCUACUCAUAACAGUUAGGUUCUCAUAAAAAAGCCAUGGUCCCUCCUCAUCAACCGUAAUGACAUCCUCCUCAUUAUAGAAUUGGAACACAUACCGUCUAGGACCAAUUUUAGUUAUAGUAACAACAUUUUGAGGUUUCCACACAGACGCCAUAAUAUCUCUAAACUGAGAAAAAUGUACCGACUUUUCUGAUGUAAUAGUUCCCACCAUGGUCAAGUUGUGUUUCGAUACAUUCUGUACCAUUGGUUCAACCACGAGGACCUCCUCCUCUUCCUCCAGAUCCAAUUGCCCGUAGAUGUCUGCCAGUGCUUCAACCCCACCCGGACUGUCUCCCUUUUCCCAGCCACUCGCCAUGGCUUAAACCUAGUCUGCCAAAAUCGAACUAUGGACAAAGAAGCGGCGUGCGAAGGACAGAGAGCGGCACUCCCUUUCGCGAUCCGACUGCCAAGCCGUCGGACCCGGCCGUGAAUACUGAUAAGCUAGCACAAUGAAUACGCCCAACCUAAACCCUAGCCGCGCUAGGUCCUCUUCCGCUAGGCGUUCCAAGUGAGAAUGUCUUUAAACACCAAAAUUCUAGAAAACUUCGUAUAUAUGCAUACGUACGUGAGUACGUCCAUUUUCUGAAAUUACGCUAUGGCCUUCAUUUUUUCGAAUUUGAUAUAGAUGAUAUUAAGGCUCUGUUUGCAAACACAACUAAAAAAGCACUUCCCAACUUUUGACUUAAAAAAGCUAAAAAAGAUGUUUUCAAAUGACAACUUCUACUUAAAUGAAUUACUUAAAAGCUAAAAGCUAGAAUCUGCUUUUUAUUUUUUCUAUUACACAAAAAGCACUUAUUUUAUCAAACACCACCAACUUUUACUUUUCAAAAUCACUUUUUUCUCAAACACUACCAACUUUUACUAUUAAUCACUUUUUUACCAAAUCAUUUAAAAAAGUUAAAAGCACUUUUUUGUUGGGUUUGCAAACAGAGCCUAAUUGCUGGCGUAUGAUCUUCAGAAUUUUCUUUGAGCUAUUGUUAUUAUUAUUCCAAUCAAUGGCAAGAUCAGAAGCCUCAGAUGAAAUUCGUACAAACAUUGAAAAACUCCAGACGAGAUACAGUUCCUGGAAAAAGAAUCCUUCAACCCCAAACAUAUUAAACGCUCAUAAACCCAAGAAGAUGAUGGUUUUGCCACGCUAUCUCUCCCCUCCAUUGUCGUCCUGUCAUGAUAACUGCAAGAAAAUCCCUGAUAAUAAGAACCAAUUUUCGUCAAAAACCUGUCAUAUAAAAUCUAAUAUGCAAAAGAAGAAGCAAUCUGCAGCGGUUAAGACAAAACCAACUUCCUCUGCAGCAACAAACAGACAACAAGUUUUAGGAUCUCCAGAAAAUCUGAGCAGAUCACAUGCAAAGCCAACGAUUUCUCGAUCAGGAAAGACAGGCAGAACCAGAACCAGCCGCAUCAUUCCCAGGCGGGAAGAUCAAGAGGAGGAAUACCCUCCAGAGAAGACAAUAUACGUGAUUGAAGAACAUAAAGAACAACCAGAAGCGCCGCCUGAUAAGAAUUGUUCAGAAGAUAGGGAGAAAGAAAGUCCCGAUCUUUUAUGGAGAGGGAAUAUCAUGUACGGAACGUUGUGUAAAGAGGCGGCCAGUCCGAGGAAAGUUGUGGUUCCUGACACAUUUGUACGAGGAGAGGAAGAUCCUGUGGAGUUGUUGUCAGGUCAUAGAAUGAGUGUAAGAAAAAUUGAAGCAGAGAAAGAUGUGAGGACUUUGAUUGGUGUUUUUGAGAGUGUGAUCUCUCUCCAUGAUGGAGCUUCUUCACCACCAUUAUUAAGAUGAGGUGAAUACAUGCAUUUACAGAAUUGAAGGUUAAUGUAAAUAUAUAAGCAUGUUUCUAUAUACGUAGUAUGAC